GACACUGAUGUAAUGUGGCUAAGAAACCCAUUUACAAGAUUGAGUAAGAAUGUGACAGAAGACCUUCAAAUUAGCACAGACAUGUACAAUGGUGAUCCUUGGUCAAAGGAAAACCUACUCAACACUGGAUUUUACUUUGUGAGGACAAGCAACAAGACUGUCUCCUUGUUUGAAACAUGGUACGGUCGAAAGGAUAAUUCCACAGGUAAAAAGGAGCAAGAUGUGCUUCUUGACCUGAUCAGAGGAGGUAUUAUUGAACAGUUGCAAAUUAGGGUUAGGUUUUUGGACACCCUUUAUUUCAGUGGAUUUUGCCAAGACAGUAAGGAUUUUAGGGCAGUCACCACUGUCCAUGCCAACUGUUGUCGGAGCAUCAAUGCAAAGGUAGCAGAUAUGAAGGUUGCCCUCAGUGAUUGGAAGAAAUUUAAGAGGUUGGAAGCUAAUUCUACA